CAGGGGUGGACUGACCAUUCGAGCACAGGGGCACUGCCUGAGGGCCCGGGGUCAGUAGGGGGCCCCAUGAGAUGCCCCUGGUACCUUUCAUUGGCUUUUUUCAUAGGCUUUUUUGGGUGUGGGCGAGGACACAGGGGCUCCAUGAUCCCCUAUUGCCCGGGGGCCCCAUGAGUUGUCAGUCCGCCCUGCUCUAGACAUGCUGUGUCCCACCUAUCUGUAUUUUUCUGUUGUAUUGCAUUGUAUCAGCCCUGGGCACAACAAGAAAAACAUGUGCAGUAGGGCCCACCACAUUGCAACG